GGCCAUCCCGCCUCGGGGCGCCCCUGGCGGGCCCCCUCUAACCGACCGUUCCUCCUGCGCCCGCUCCCGGGGCCGGACUCCGCAGGGCGCCUCCGCCUGAGUGGUUGCUUUCGUCUUCGCGCUCUGCUGGAAGAGCAAUCCCAACGCUGCGGCCAGGUGCCCGACGUGUCGCGGCUCAGGGGCAGAGGGCAGAACCCACCCCAGGUCUUGAAGACACAGGCCCGGCGUCGCUUUCUGUUCCCACAGCUGUCCAACCCCGGGGCCGCCUACUCCCCGGUCUACCGCGUGAGCGACUACGCGACCGGAGGAAAUCAGAGCGCGGCGGCGAGCGGGCCUCCGGGCUCCCGUCCCCACCCGCUCCCAAUUCCUCGCGGCAGCCGGAAUCAGUCCGAAAAUCCUGCCGAGGAUGCAUGUCGCGCUACAUUGUAAAAUGCUCCUAUGGGCUCAACGCAACUGUCCAGGGAGACACGGCGUCCGAGCAGUCCCCCUGGCGACCCCGCGGCCGUCCCCUCUGUGGCCGAGACUUCAAGGUCCUGGUUCACAGGUGGAAAGACCAGGGAGGGAACUCAUUCAAAAAAUGAGGAUGAAAGUGUUCCGAACUGAAAAGGCAAGAUUAGGUCUCCCAGGCCCUAGGGUACCACGAGGCACGCAGGCCCCCGCACACUCCGCGGCAGGAACUGGGCCUGUUACAAUCUGUCUGGGAGGUGCUGCCCUGACCCGCACCACCCUGGACCGGUGGGCGCCGCGGGGGCAGAGGUUCGCAGGAACCCGAGGUUCGUCCCCCUCCUCGCCACCAGAUGUCGCCGCUGCUCACCUUUGGAGCGCGCCGGGCUGGCUCGGCUCCAGGUCGGAUCUGACUUCCGACAUCAGAAGCUCGGCGGCUGGGCCCCGCCUCCCGCGGUAACACACCCUCCGGGGGACUCUGGUGCACGCUCAGGACUGAGAACCACCGGUACAGAGUGAAUUAUUAUGUGCGUGUCAUGUUUAGCCUGUUCAGAAGACCCAGCCGGGCAGGGAGUCUGAAUUCGACAGCCUUUGAAGAAAUGUUCAAGUGGAGAGGAGUGCUAUGGUUCUCUGAGCACCCGUCCAUCCAGAGCAUCAGGACAAACCGGUAUGUGACAAGUGCUGGGGCUUGGGAUCCCUGUCGUUGAGGAGCUGUCCCUCCGCCGGGGAUGCGGAACCCCGUGCUCAGGAAACAGCGCCAGGCACAGCCGAUUCUCAUGAGCUGAGGUACAGUGUUGCCUUUACUUGGAGAAGAAAAUGUGGCCGCAGGAGUGGAGAGAAGGCUGCCUGGAGAGAAGAGGGCCAGCGGCUCUCUGCGCCAUGAGCUGGUCAAGAGAAGGAGCGGCCGGAUCCUGACUUAAGAGCCCUGCUUGAGAAGCCGGAUGAGGAAGGCAGAGUCACCCGGCGGAAGCAAGCGUCCCUCCAGCACAGAGUGGCCGAGCUUCCCGGGAAGAGCCCGACAUGCGGGCAGGCAGGUGGACAGGCCAGACCAGGUCGUCGUGGCUUAAUCUCCCCUUGGCUGUGCAUUCUGCUUCACUGUGCACACCAUCAGGGCUAGAUGUGUCCGGCAGUCCACCCAUCAUCUGGUGGCAGGUGCCGCAGCUCCCGAGGGCCCCAGCUGCUGGCAGCGCGACAGGCAUCCGUGCCAGCGGCCCCUCACGUCUGGUGGGCGCAGGCUGGGCCUCAGGGGGCCCUGGAUCCGGCCUGCGGUAAGCGCGGGGACAGUGAGGAGGCCCACGGGCCAGUGUGGGAUCCCGGAGAACAGCCACAGAAGGCUCGCGCCAGCCCCGCAAAAUACUCAAACGCCUCCCAGCCAGUCCGCAAUCCAUGCCCCCUCUUCUCCCUGGACUCCUUCCUGGGCCUCGUCCCCUUCUCCAGAAAGUCAGCAGAACUUCCUGCCCUUGAGCUUGCCUUGAGGGAAAGAGAGAAGUCCGAGCAGCAAAGAGGAAAACAGGUAAGGAUGCAGGGAGGCAAAGGCGAGCCCCCCAGCACCUGGAAUCGCCCCUCUUCUGGAGGAGGGAAGCAGGCGGGAAGAGGGGAGCUGCACCACGAUGGGCUCCCCAUCGUGCCCCCAGCAACUCACCCCCACCCCAGUUGGUGCCACCCCACCCACCCCGAGCGGGGACGCAGGUGCUCUUCACCACCUGGGUCUUCCCAGGCAUCUGGGUCAGGCCAGCCCGGCUGGCUCUACAGAUAAUACAGCUCCAGGUGAAAGAGGCUUAGGUGGGUCUCCAUGGCAACCGCAGAGCAGGGGCGGGGCCGCUGCCUCCGAGUUCGGGAGGAGCUGUGCUUCCGGCCUCCUGGGACACACACACACACACACACACACACACUCCACAAACACCAGCCCAGGCUGGAUCCUUCCUCCGGUCAGCGUUGCUUUCUCUCCCUACAACUUCUGAGACACAGAGAGGGAAGAGCAGGAGGCAGCAGCCCACAGCGAUGAGAAAGAGGAGGGAGAGGUCUAGGACAUAGUCUUCCCUCCCCCGGACGUUCUCUUCUCUCAGGCUGGAAAGCAGACGGCAGGACCCCCGCUGGACCCUUCACCUCCGGAGAGGCUGGCCUCAGAAAGCCAGAUGCCAUGGUAUGCUGGGCCCUCGUGCCAUGCACGGCAGGCACCCAGUUCCACCUCAGGGGGCAUCAGUGAGGGGCAGGCAGAGGGGAGCCGACCCUUGAAGUGAGCCUUGAAGAGGAGCAGGUGUUCGUCAGGCAGAAGGAGGCCCACAGGUCAGCAGCUCAGGCCGAGUCACACCUGGCCUGGUGGAGUCCCCGUUGCUUUUCUACGAUGCUGAAAAGAAAUGCUGCCUGUGUCCAAGCCACCUGCACUGCUCCAAGCCUCAGUCUCCCUGUCUAUGUGCACACAAUGCUUGAUCAGUGCUUCUGAAUGAAUGAAUGAACAGUAGAAUUAGAAAUGAUGGCUCAGAAAGGUUAAGCAACUUACUCCAGGCCACCCAGCUGUGACGGCGGAGCAGGGGCUGGGGGGGCCAUGUCCCUCAUCCCCUGGCUGCGGUGGAAUGAAGCCCCCUCGAGGCUGUCCUCCCGGAGGCCCGCCGAGAUGGUGCUGGAGACGCUCAUGAUGGAGCUGGCAGGGCAGAUGCGAGAGGCGGAGAGGCAGCAGUGGGAGCGCGGCAAUGCAGUCAGGAAGAUCUGCACCGGGGUCGACUACAGCUGGCUGGCCAGCACCCCCCGGCCCACCUACGACCUCAGCCCUGGCGAGCGGCUACAACUAGAGGACGUCUGUGCCAAGAUCCACCCUUCCUACUGUGGGCCCGCCAUCCUCAGGUUCCGGCAGCUGCUGGCGGAGCAGGAGCCCGAGGUUCAGGAGGUGUCCCAGCUCUUCCGCUCGGUGCUGCAGGAGGUCCUGGAGAGAAUGAAGCAGGAGGAGGAGGCCCACAAGCUGACUCGGCAGUGGAGCCUGCGGCCCCGCGGCCCCCUGGCGCUGGCCACCUUCAAGACCCGAGCGCGCAUCUCCCCCUUCACCAGUGAUAUCCGGACCAUCUCCGAGGACGUGGAGCGGGACACGCCGCCGCCGCUCCGGACCUGGAGCAUGCCGGAGUUCCGGGCGCCCAAAGAGGACUGAGCCGUUCCCUCCCCAGCCCAGGAGUGGAGCCACCAGCGGUAGGGCAUGAUAGGCCGGUGACUGGUCCCGCGUCCUGGAACCUCCCCCCUUCCCCUGACAAGGGUCCCAAGAGGUGUUUCCUUCCCAGGACAUUCCGGUAAAAUGAAGGAAUCCGUCAGGCAGCACUCCCCCAUCAGCCCUGAGCCCACAGUUAGGGCUCCGCCCGCAUCUAUCUCCUCCCUGCCCCUCCCACAAGUCAGUGGGAGCAGCCCCUCCCCUGCCUCUCAGAGAUUCAGGAUCUUGGCAGACAAGAUCUACCCCUGGGGAGGGGAAGAGUUUGCCAAGACCUGGGUUCUCACCCCCAAUUCAGGGAUAUCCUAUUCACCCCUUCACCCUGAGUAAGGGGCGCUGGUUGGGUAGUGUGCAUUCUCUGCUGGUGGCUGGUCUCACCGUGGCUCCUAGGUCCUUGCCUCUGGGACAGGCAGGGCUGAAAGGGCCUACAAAAGCCGAUAGGUCACUCUCCUCUGCUAGUGAAAUGAACAAACUGAAGCUCAGAGAGGGCAAGAUUCCUUCACCUUAAAUUGCAGCAGAUCCCCCCAGGGACCGUGAGGUUGUUCCUGUAGGUAUAGUGUCUGCCUGAGUCCUGGGCUGUGAUGGGACAGCUCCAAGGGCUGUCUCCACCUGCCAGUGGUCUGACACAUCUCUGACCUUGGAAUUGGCAUGGAGGUCUAAGGCAGCUGGGAUCAGAGGUAAGAUGCCCUUGCCCCAGCCCCAAGAGACUCAUCAUUCAGGAUGUGGCCAAUGCCUGGCAGCUCCUCCCAGAGCUGAAGCUUCAGGCUUCCACCUCACUGCUCUGGAGAGCCCAGGGCACGGAUUCCAGGGUCCCUUCUCUAACUGGUCAUAUGAAGGAAAGUGAUCCCAAAACCCCAACUGGUCUCAAAGAACCAAGGGAAAUGUUCUGGAAGAGCUGCCCUACAGGGUUCACUGUCCUUCCUUUUCUAAUAUGGUUAGAACUGGAUACGGGACAUGUGGUGCUCCAAUGUAUGGAAGGUUAAGUGGCUUCCCUGGGCUGAAGUGGGGUGUUGGGGGAUGGGUGAGGAAAGUGUCUGUCCCCAGCUACCAGUGCAUGCUCAGAAAAUGCAAGUGGAUCUUACUAAUUAUUCUUAAUAAAAUGCCAGGAGAUAAGUCCGUGGGGACAAAAUCCAUAAUCUCCCUGACCAGGCUCAGUAGAAAAAAAAUGGUUUUUAAGUAUCUGGUUUGGGAUUAUUUUCAUUCAAGUCUGGACAGAAAAUCCUAAGAUGAUGGAAAACCUCUUAUCCGAUACAGUCGUGAUGAAGGAGUUGUCUCAUUACAUACCUGGUAGCCAUUGAAAAGCGUUUAAAGGAAAAUGUACACCUUACGCUUCUUACAUAUUUUAUGUUAAGACAUAAGAAAAAGUUCAUUUAAUUGCCAAGCUGUGUUCACUCUUUUGUGACAUGGAUUGUCUGAUGAGGAUCCCACACUUAUGUUUUAUUGGCUCAUCUGUCCUUUAGUCAGUCAUACCAAUAAGAACAACCGGCAUAAACAAGUUUGGAACGAGCAGAAGGGACCCUCGGUAAGCAGACAGGUCACUUGGCAGGGGCAACAGUGCUGGGGAGAGUUAGAAUAUGAUCUACUAGCUGUGAGCUUUCUGGGUAUCCUGGUUGGAGAUCAUCUGUUUUUUCUGAGGGGAUGGAAUGUCAGGGUCAACCUAGUUGCGGGGUAUGGGCUAUUCAGAGGAGGUCAACUAAGAGAAUAACUACUCAAGAAAUGGGCAGAAGACAUGAACAGACAUUUCUCCAAAGAAGACUUACAAAUGGCCAACAGACAAAAGAAAAAGUGCUCAACGUCACUCAGCAUCAGGGAAAUACA